AUCUCGCACCCAUCAGUUUCGUAGCGACAUUCACUUCACUCGGUGUGUUUCUAGAGUUUAGCAGCUCUCGAUGUAGAAGCAAGUCGAGCGCUUUAGCUUUCCCACCUGAGUAAAUCUAUUCUCAUACUUCCCUAUCCGAUACCUUUCACAGCUGUAGUCUAUACAUCGUCGUUUAAUAUUCCGGUAUGUCACACGUUGUCUGAUCAUUUGAAGUGUUGCAUAGUGUAUACUGUUACCGUGUCGUCGCCGUUCCAAGCACAAUGCGCCCUCUGUGACGUGUCUCCGAAUGGUCUCGCAUUUGUAUGGGAAUCGAAAUUAAAAUCUACGGGAACGUUUUUUUGAGGAAGGCCAAUUCCAAGCAUAAUAUAUAGAGAUAGACGCCGAGAGCCGUGAAGCUCAGCUUGUUUAUUUUUGGUCUAUUUUGGGGUUGAAACAAGCAAAGAAAGAAAAGCCGAAUGCAUGAAAAUCAAGCCGUGAAAACUAGUGACAAUUUUUUCUACACAUCCUAGAGGAGUGAAUUGUGUGUGAUGCCUAAAAGCUUAACGAAGUAGAUAACAGUGCAGUGUGAUUUCCUGCUGAAAAUAACACACCGAUAUCAGAGGAAAAAAUUGUGUGAAGUCAUUGACGAAGGAAGCAAAACCUGUGUUCGUGUAGCUAUUUAGAAGAAAAGUGUGAAGUUCGGAAUUGAAACCAAUCAAUCACGGGAAACACCAUGCCACAGUUCUACAAAGUAGAAAUCAACAAAACAGAAUGGGAGGUACCGCAGAAGUACCAAAUGCUCACCCCUGUAGGAAGUGGGGCUUACGGGCAAGUCUGUUCUGCAACGGACACCCAACACAACGUUAAGGUGGCAAUCAAAAAGCUGGCGCGCCCUUUCCAGUCCGCAGUCCACGCCAAACGAACCUAUCGUGAACUCCGCAUGUUGAAGCACAUGAACCACGAGAACAUAAUUGGCCUGCUGGACGUUUUCCAUCCCGGAGGUAACACACUGGACUCCUUCCAGCAGGUCUACCUGGUCACCCACCUGAUGGGGGCGGACCUGAACAAUAUUAUACGAACACAACGUCUCUCGGACGACCAUGUACAAUUUCUAGUCUAUCAGAUUCUACGGGGCCUUAAAUACAUUCACAGUGCCGGUAUUAUACACAGGGAUUUGAAGCCGUCCAACAUAGCAGUGAACGAGGAUUGUGAGCUGAAAAUUCUAGACUUUGGUCUGGCCCGCCCCACAGAGAACGAAAUGACCGGUUACGUGGCGACUCGGUGGUACCGGGCGCCGGAAAUCAUGCUCAACUGGAUGCACUACAAUCAAACCGUGGACAUUUGGUCCGUCGGGUGCAUCAUGGCCGAACUGUUGACGGGUCGAACGCUUUUCCCCGGCACAGACCACAUCCAUCAAUUAAACCUAAUAAUGGAAAUAUUGGGAACACCCAACGAAGAAUUCAUGGCGAAAAUAUCCUCGGAAAGUGCUAGACACUACAUCCGAUCAUUGCCUAAAACGGAAAAGCGCAACUUCAGCGAUGUGUUUCGUGGUGCCAAUCCUCUUGCCAUUGACUUGCUGGAGAAAAUGCUGGAACUAGACGCAGAUAAGCGUGUUACCGCCGAACAAGCGUUGGCACAUCCAUAUCUCGAGAAGUACGCGGACCCCACCGAUGAGCCAACGUCUUCGCUGUAUGAUCAAAGCUUUGAAGAUAUGGAUCUACCCGUGGAAAAAUGGAAGGAACUCGUCUUCCAAGAAGUACUUAAUUUCGUCCCUCAACAGCAUGCACAUAUUGGCAGUGAUGGACAGUAAAUCACCAUUUUCCCUUCGAAGGAAUCCUACUGAAAGAAGUAACAACUGGUCGAAACAACUGUUAAAUACCGUGUAGGAGCUACAUAUUAUGUCUUUAAAUACUACAACAACACGCUAAUCAAUCAUGCCCCCAUUAAUCCAUAUGUUAAAUCCAACUUUGAAGAGAACCUUUCAUCCAGUUGCACGGUCUUACCCAUAAUAACUUCUAGAAGCUAUAAAUAAAGACUCAAAUCUUAAGAAUGGAAGUGAUUUGUAAUGUGAAUAGUGAACAACAGGUAGUAUUGAAUGACUUCAUUGGCAGGGAUUUAUUUCUAAAAGAAAACAUAGAAUCGAUUUUACAUUACAAAUAAUGUAUAAACCUUGAGAUGGUAUUUUCAUCGAUUAUUGAUUAUAUUAUGUAAGUUUCAAUAAAUAAGAAAAAUGGGAAAUAGCUACAAA